CCCGCCCGCUUCGCACGCGAUGCCCGCCCCGGUCUGGAACCCACGGGCGGCACCGGCACCCCCCCCUGCCCCGACGGGACCCCCCCUUCCUCCUCCCGCCGCCCCGCAGCCUCCCCACGGGGACAGGCAGGGAACGGGGCUCCCGCACCCCAACCCGUGUGAGAGCGGGUGCGGGGGGGUGCGGGAUCUCCGCCGGGGGGGGGGGGGGGUCGGGUCCGGGUUAGGUGUUUGGGAGUUGGGACACACGUCAGCUUUGAUUAGGCUUCGGUCAUGUGACGGGAGGUGUCCGGGCCAAUCAGGGUGAGCAGAGAUGCAUAUAAAGCAGGAGCGAAGAGGAGUUGGGGGGUACCUGCCGGGAGGAUCGGGCCCCAAAGCGCUCCACAGGUUCCUGCACGCUGGCAGCGAUGUCUCUGGUGGGAAGCCAAGGCGUUAUCUCAGCCACCGAGCUCCUCCUGGCUGGUGCCGUGUUCUGCCUGGUGUUCCUGCUCAUCCAGUCCCUCUGGCAGCGCGUGCCCAAGGGGCUGAAGAGCCCCCCCGGUCCCAGGGGCUUCCCCAUCCUCGGCAACGUGCUGGAGCUGAGGAAGGACCCGCACUUGGCGCUGACCCGGCUGAGCCGGCGCUAUGGGGACGUGAUGGAGGUGAGGAUCGGCACCCGGCCCGUGCUGGUGCUGAGCGGGCUGGACACCAUCAAGCAAGCCCUGGUGAAGCAAGCAGAAGACUUCUUGGGCCGCCCCGACCUCCACAGCUUCCGCUACGUUGCGGAUGGGCAGAGCCUGACCUUCAGCCCCGACACCGGGGAGGUGUGGAAAGCCCGCAGGAAGCUGGCCCAGAACGCCCUCAAGACCUUCUCCAUCACCCCCAGCCCCACGGCCUCAUCCUGCUGCCUCCUGGAGGAGCACGUCUCCAAGGAGGCCGAGUACCUGGUCACCAAGUUCCUGCAGCUCAUGGAGGAGGAGAAGAGCUUCGACCCCUACUGGUACCUGGUGGUGUCCGUGGCCAACGUCAUCUGCGCCAUGUGCUUUGGCAAGCGGCACGACCACAACGACCAGGAGCUGCUCAAUAUAGUGAACCUCAACAAUGAGUUUGGAGAUGUGGCUGCUUCUGGCAACCCUGCAGACUUCAUCCCCCUGCUCCAGUAUCUUCCCAGCCGCUCCAUGAAGCUCUUCAAGGACAUCAACAGGCGUUUUGACUCCUUUGUGCGUAAGAUUGUCCAGGAGCAUUACACCAGCUUUGAUAAGGAUCACAUUCGGGACAUCACGGACUCACUGAUUGAGCACUGCCAGGAGAAGAGUGCAGGGGGGGAUGCCCCUGUCCCGCUCUCCAACAAGAAGAUCAUUGGCAUCGUCUAUGACCUCUUUGGGGCAGGCUUUGACACUGUGACAACUGCUUUAUCCUGGAGCCUCAUGUAUGUCGCCUUGUACCCCAAUAUCCAGAAGAGGAUCCAGGAAGAGCUGGACCAGGCCAUCGGCCGGGAGCGCAGACCGAGGCUGUCGGACCGGGGCGCGCUGCCCUACACAGAAGCCUUCAUCCUGGAGAUGUUCAGGCACUCCUCCUUCGUGCCCUUCACCAUCCCGCACAGUACAACAAGAGCAACAGCGUUGAACGGCUACUACAUCCCCAAGGAUACCUGUGUGUUUGUCAACCAGUGGCAAGUGAAUCACGACGAGAAGCUUUGGAAGGAGCCCUCCGCCUUCAAGCCCGAGCGGUUCCUCAACGCCGCGGGGACGGAGAUCAACAGGACGGAGGGUGACAAAGUGAUGACUUUCGGCCUGGGCAAGCGGCGCUGCCUCGGGGAGACCAUCGGCCGCUGGGAAGUGUUCCUCUUCCUGGCCACGCUGCUGCAGCAGCUGGAGUUCAGCCUGCAGCCCGGCGCAGAGGUGGACAUCACCCCGCAGUACGGGCUGACAAUGAAGUACAAGAAGUGCAGCUGCUUCCAGAUCAAGCAGCGCUUCCCCAUGAAGAGCUCUCCAUGA